AUGGCCGAGCGGGCCGCUGCCCAGGCUCCAGAGUGGGACCCGGAGUCAAAGCGCCCGAUGCCUUUCCAAUCCCGCUCUGAUCCCAAACAGACUUCUGAGAGAGAGAGCCAGCUGCAAGCAGCAAAGCUUUCCAUGUGGCCUGCAGUAGCUGCAAUCCAAGCUGUGGACAGGACGGUGGAUUCCCAUGCCACGCGGUUGCUGACUCUGGAGAGGAGAGUGGGGACAGCAGAGAAGAAAUUAGUCGAUUGUGAGAAAACAGUGAUGCAAUUUGAAAGCCAGCUGGAGAGUAAGUGGGCCGCGCUGGGGACUCUGAUCCAGGGGUACGGACGGCUGCAGAGGAGGCUGGAGAACAUGGAGAACCUGCUGAAGAACAGGAACUUCUGGAUCCUGAGACUUCCCCCAGGCGCUAGGGGGGAGGUCCCCAAGGUGCCGGUGACGUUCGACGACGUCUCCGUCUAUUUCAAUGAGCCGGAGUGGGGGAGCUUAGAGGAAUGGCAGAAGGAGCUUUACAAGAACAUGAUGAAGGGGAAUUAUGAGGCCCUGAUCUCCCUGGACUACGCCAUCUCCAAACCUGACCUCCUGUCCCGGAUCGAACGAGGGGAGGAGCCGUGUGUCGGGGAUCAGGGUCGUUCAGAGGAGAGCGAGAUCCCUGCAGACCCCGGCCCAGAAUCCCCCGUCUCUGCACCAGACAUUUCAUUGUGGAUUAACCAGGAGGAGGAUCCAGGCUGCGGGGCCCGAGGGGACUCUGGGGAAAAUGAAAUCAGUGGAAGCCCCUGCUCGGAGUUUCCGAUUGUCCCCCCCGAUGCCACGUCCUGGGUUAAACGAGAGGAAGAGCCGUGUGGGCAGGAUCGGCCGGUCUGUGGAGAAGGCAGAACCCCUGCAGGCCCCAGCCCUGAAUCUCCUGCUCCUGCGCCUGCCCGUUCCCCCUGGGUUAAACCGGAGCCGGAGGCGUGUGCUGGGGCUCAGACGGCUUUGGAGCAAAGGGGGCUCCCUGGAGAGCCCAGCGCAGGUGAGAUCCCGCUCCAACUUGCAGAGGAGCAUCGUGCCGAGGAGGGGGGCGAGGGCCUAGGCCCCCCCAGGGCGGUUUGUGCAACGUCCAAAGGGACCGUGGUCCAGAGCCCCGGUGAGGGCCCUGCGGCUCGGCAGAGAAGCAUCCUGGGACGGUCGGCUCAGGGCAAGAGAGGCAUUGGGGAGCUCCGAGCGGCCGGGGGCCAGCAGAGAGCCGUGGGGGGCGAGCGGCCCAGCCCGUGUCCCGAGCGUGGGAAGUGCUUGGGGCAGAAGCAGUCGCUGCUAAGCCCCAAGAAGAGCCUGGUGGCGGAGAAGCCCGCCAAGUGCAGGGAAUGUGGCAAGAGCGUCGGCCGGAUUCAGUGCUGCCUCCAGCACCAGCACAUGCCCCCGGGCAAGCUGCCCUUCACCUGCGCCGAGUGCCGGAAGCGCUUCCGCAAGAAGCGGCCCUUGCUCUUCCCCCCCGAGCCCCACACGGCCGAGCAGCCCUUCUCCUGCCCCGCCUGCGGCAAGGCCUUCAGCCAGCGGGACACGCUCCUGGCUCACCAGAAGACCCACCUCUGA